AGCGGAGGACAGAAAAAACAAAAACAAUCCACCCCGGCGUCCAUCUUGAAUACAGUAAGCCAACGGUGACUGACAGCAACGGAGAGGGAAAUCGCGAUAAAUUGAGUUCCGACCGCUCUAAAAAGUCAACCGACCGCGAACACCGGGACAAUUCAUAUUGAAGGAUUACAUUUAGUGACGUUAUCUGUCAAUUCCGUCUCAUUUUUGGCGUCAUAUUCCCGACGGGGCUGAUGAAGUUAUUUCGGAGGCUGGACGUGCUAAGCUUUAUUCAGCCGUCGACAUGUCUUAGUUUAAAACGACUAUUUGUUUUAACUACCUACCUUAGCAGUUCUGGAGAAGCUUUGAGAGGUCGGGAAUUGCAGGUUUGAGUCAUUAACACCAGAAGGGAAUGUGGAUGUAGCGCGUUUGGCCAUAUUUAAGUCCUUCACUGUCAACUUGAGCUCGCGCGUGCGCUGAAUCGUGCGCGUGACCCCAUUUAUUUCACUUUAUCUAUGAUCUGGUGUACUACAUAUAUUAUAUUUAAGCAUAAAGCGAAGUGAGCGUGAUGUGGAAACAUCGUUUAGGGAUGUUAAUUCCAUUUUUAUCCCCGUAAAUGUGCAUGCAUUUAGUGUACUGCCAUAGACUUUCCAGGUGGUUUGGAGGCAUUGCUCUGUUUGAAAUUGUAGUUCCUUUGCAUUAACAACAGUAUUUUUAUCUAUAUAUUUUAUGGCGGGUUCUAUGCAUAGGUUGUCCAGCUGUUCUGAUCAGUGGGGUUGGGAGCUGGCCCAUUUACUGAACGAGUUUAUUGAACGGGCUCGUUUAUUCUGAGCGCGCGGCAGGGCAGCAUUGUAUAGAUACAGUAUUCGUGCGCAUUGGAAUUUCCUCGUUAUUGAUAUGGGUUUUAAAGCAAACUGCAUGGACAGUCAUAGAUCACUUUAUUUCUAAUAGCUCGUUUGCUUUGAACGAACUAUCACCAGUGGACACUUUAAUGCCGUUUCUAAAUCGCCGAAUCUGAGGACUAUAAACUGGCAUUGGAUUUUUGCACUGCCAUAUAUCACUGACUCGGUGACAUGGAUGCGUUUCACUGACUGCUGAUCAGUGGUUCGAGGAGAAACUUGAAUGCAAAGACUUCUGGAUUUUGUAGGACAAGACAGAAGAUUGAAAAAUGGGACCUGCAACAAAGCUGGCUUUUGGAGUGUUCCUCAUUUCCUGCUCCUCAGGUGCCAUUCUCGGCCGAUCAGAGACACAAGAGUGUGUGUUCUACAACUACAACCCCAGCUCGGAGAACCGAGGAAAUCGCAGCGGUAUUGAGUCCUGCGUGGGAGAGAAGGACAAGAGACUUCAUUGCUUUGCAACUUGGCGAAAUGUGUCAGGAUCGGUUGAAAUAGUAAAGCAAGGCUGCUGGCUUGAUGAUGUCAACUGUUAUGACAGCACUGAGUGUGUUGAGAAGAAGGAGGACCCGGAUGUGUUCUUCUGCUGCUGCGAGGGCAACAUGUGCAACGAGAAAUUCUUCUAUAACCCUGACAUGCAGCCAGUUCAGAGUAAGGCUCCCCUCAGCGACACAAAAGUCUUUAAGGCAACAUCAAACCCCUUCACCCAGAAGCCACCACUGUUCAGUACCCUUCUGUACUCCAUCGUGCCCAUCAUGGCCAUCACGGCCAUUGUCCUGCUCUCCUUCUGGAUGUAUCGACAUCACAAGCUGGCGUAUCCACCUGUUCUGGUGCCUACCCAGGACCCUGGACCCAUGCCGCCGUCUCCCACCCUGGUCCAGAAGCCUCUGCAGUUGUUGGAAAUCAAAGCUAGGGGGCGCUUUGGCUGUGUUUGGAAGGCUCAGCUGCUCAAUGACUAUGUGGCAGUGAAGAUUUUCCCCAUUCAGGACAAACUGUCAUGGCAGAACGAGUAUGACAUUUACAAUAUCCCUGGCAUGAGGCAUGAAAACAUUCUGCAUUUCAUCGGGGCAGAGAAGAGAGGAAGCAACCUGGACAUUGAGCUGUGGCUCAUCACAGCUUACCAUGAGAAGGGCUCCCUAACGGACUACCUAAAGGCAAACAUAGUGACGUGGAAUGAGCUGUGUCACAUCGCUCAAACCAUGGCUCGGGGCCUGGCUUACUUGCACUCUGACUUCCCCGGACACAGAGACGGCCACAAACCAGCCAUCGCACACAGAGAUAUUAAGAGCAAGAACGUGCUGCUGAAGUCGAACCUGACGGCCUGUAUAGCUGACUUUGGUCUGGCUUUGAGGUUUGAGGCAGGAAAGUCAGCUGGGGACACACAUGGGCAGGUGGGAACCAGACGUUACAUGGCCCCCGAGGUGUUGGAAGGGGCCAUCAACUUCCAGCGAGAUGCUUUCCUCAGGAUAGACAUGUAUGCAGUGGGACUGGUGCUGUGGGAGCUGGCAGCCCGUUGCACUGCGUCUGAUGGUCCAGUGGACGAGUACAUGCUUCCGUUUGAGGAGGAGGUGGGCCAACACCCCACUCUAGAGGACAUGCAGGAAGUGGUGGUCCACAAAAAGCUUCGGCCCACUCUCAGGGAGUGCUGGCAGAAACAUGCGGGUCUGGCCAUGCUGUGCGAGACUAUAGAGGAGUGUUGGGACCACGAGGCUGAGGCACGUCUCUCUGCGGGCUGCGUCGAGGAACGUGUGAUCCAAAUGCAGCGGCAGACCAGUGUCUCUGCCCCGGAGGAAAUAGUCACCGUUGUAACAAUGGUGACCAACGUGGACUAUCCCCCUAAGGAGUCCAGCCUAUGACUAGAGGAUAUCAGCAUGUGAAUUGCGGGCUGACCGAACAGAAAAGACGUGUCGGAGAUGGUGGUGGACUGCUGUUCUGACGGCUGGCUUCAGACAUGCUGGAUGAUCGUCCUGUACUUACGGCUGGAGCAAAUGCAGACAAUGCAUUUUGUGCCGAAUCUGGGUUUAAUACAGGUUUAACUGGAGCCAGCUACGUUAUUGUAUGUGUUGUGUAUAUAUAAACUAGUACCAUGGGGCGCUCUGGUAAGGACGGAUGGAUUAUAAACCGACAUCAAGAACCAACCUCUUUGUUGUCGUUUCUCUGCUCGGAGAAUAAACUUUCCCAUUCAAGGAGGAAACGAGACUCCUCCUCUGCACGGCGCUCGUGUCAUUUCAGUAUAAAAAAGGGCAACGUCCAUGUAAAAAAAGACACAUUUAAUGUGUUCGUAUGAAUGACUAUUGUAAUGCCAAUAAGAAACAGCUUUUUGAAUGUGUAGUGUGACGCUGCUGUACAGAUAUCAACGGAAAGGGUGACGAUACAACCCAAAUCAACACGUGUUUCCUCUGAAAGCUUUCAGAGUUUCUGUCAGAUAACCACCAACCUCUCGACAAGGUAUACCUCAGUUUCUCAUCCUAAUAAUAAGUUUGUUUUGUAACACUAUAUGAUAUAAAAAAGAGGCUUUUCGAUGACCUCCAUUUGGCACGAAAGCUUUUUAAAUACGGGGAAAACUUUUUUUAUAUGACAGAUUAUGCCAAGAAACGAUGGCCAUUCAUAAACCAGUGUUCUGCCUUCUUUCUUUUAGUUGUUCUCUGUUGCCCUGCUGUUUAAAAUGUGAUACUUUUGUUUUUUUAGCAUUGUGACCGUUUGUUUGUUAAAACAAAUUUUGACCUUUAUUGAGACCUGUUGAGAAGAAAAAAAUCCCUGAAAAUAUGAAUUUUGUGAACAUAAUACAGAAGCACUUACCAAUAUAGGUUUGCGGUGUCCUCACAACAUUGACGUAUGUGCAUGCCUUGUUUUCUUUUCUUUCUUUUCUUUCUUUUUUUUUUUUUUGGUUCAUUUUUUAUUUUCUUAGCUUUUCAAACCUUUAUCAUGUGGAUUGAGCAUGAGAUCCCGUUAGCAGUCAUGGAAAACCCCUUCAUUAUUGGUUAAUCUGAAGUAUUUCCUGUCUUCAGGGCGUCACUCUUUUUGUUUCAUUUCCAUUUGGAAUCAUCCAAUCUUGGUCUUCUACGGUCUUCUCACUGUCCGCUUCUGUCGCACUGCGAGUAGAAGACCGCUCUUGUGCGCUGCGUUUGAACCAGCCUCCUCAUGAAGCCCGAACUCACGAGUGACACGUCAAACUGGUUUCAGAUCAGCAGCCAGGCGACCUUCUACACACUUCUACAAGAACUGUAUCUCAGUAUGUCUCAGGAAGCGUUUCCCUUUGCUUUGAGCCCUCUGGUGCCAUUCUGGUGACCCUUGUUGUAUUAUGUAUGCAAGGGCCCUUAAUAUAACACCUUAUUAGUGUGGUCAUAUUUUGUGCAAUAACAUCCUAAGCAGGGACUGUUUCACAGCUCACAGGCCACUUCCAGUGUGGUAAAAAUCCAAGCGCCUAGCAGUUUGCUUAGACCAUAAUGUACAUCACAAACUGAAGUCGAUGUCAGGCUAUGCAUAUGUUAUGACGCCCGGUUGUCUGAGAGUAUUAAGCUAAUAAUAUGCUGUAAUGGGGACCGAACACAUGCAGUAACUCUCUGCCAACAGAGUCUUUCAAAAUAACAGCUGCUCUGCUGCUGCUCUUUGGCUUCGUUCACACUACACUUGAAUCCAAUUUGAUUUUCAAAUCAGAUAUUCAGAAUCAUUUCGCGAGAAAUCUGCUUCAUUUGUUCGGACAGUGUAGUCAGUAUCCAUUCCAGAUAACAAAAAACUGCUUAAAAUCUGAUCAGACUGUUCACACUGAAACUGAUAUUAAUCUGACUUCAAACCACAUAUUUAUUUGUAAAUAUCAGAUUUUUUAUGAGGGUUUUUUUCCCCUUUUAGACUACAAACAACUGAUGUGAUUUGUAUCAGAUACUAAAUUGGAUUUCUGCUGCUUGUCUGAACAAGUCCUGAAAUAUGAUUCAGUAGCUCAUUUUAGUUCAUUUUGCUUUCAAUAUUCUAGUUACGUUGCACCCCAAAAGAGUGAAAAAUGAAUUGAGAUCUGAACUGACAAUUGAACGCAUUUCUGAAAAUCUGAUUUUAAUCUGAUUUAAAACCACAUAUUCAUGUGAUUUGUAUCAGGUUUGUAAAAAUUGUCUGAUUUCAUGUGCUCUUUGCCCCGUUCAGACUACAAACAACUAAACUGAUUUGAAUCAGAUACUUAAUCAUAUGCUGCCUGUCUGAACAAAUAAUCCCAAAAAUGAAAAAUGAAUUUAGAUCUGAUCUCAACACAUUUGUAAAAACCUGAUUUUAAUCUGAUUUCAGACCACAUGGCUGUGGUUUGAAUCCAGUUUGUUAACAAUGCAUUUCAUGUUUGUCUUGUUUUUUGUUUUUUUUCCUUCAUCCAUUCAGACUACGAACAUCUGAACUGAUUUGACUCUGAUACAAAAUCUGAUUUCUGUUGCCUGUCUGAACAAAUCGUGAAGUAUGAUUCAGUGGUUCAUUUUGCUUUCACAAUUAUUUUACAGUGUGAUGCAUUUGACAAUGUUCAGGUCCAUACAAUCGUAUGCAAUCAAGCCCUUUCAAUGAAAGCUCUUUAUCUCUCUCUCUACUGUAGCAUUCUCAGCCAGCUCAUUCUGUUUUACUUCAUGUGAUGGUAAAUUAAUACAUGGGCCUGUGCCAUCUUUUAAAGGCCCUCAGUUGAACUCUGUAGAUGCAAAGGUUCAUUUGCAGGAUGAGCGCUCUGGUCUGAGAGCAUCUCCGUGAGGUUCUUGUGAUUCACUUUUGACUAAACACUACAGAUGAUUCAAUAAGCUGAGUGACUGCUGCUGGCCUGUAGAGUGUUUUCACCAGGUGCUGUCCUGUUCCCUGUCUGUUUUUGGUUUUCUAGUUGGGGAAUCUGGGAGGAAGGUUGAAUAAGAUGGAAAGCCAAACUUUAAAAGCCCCGUGUUUAGUAGAAAACUAGGAUGAUAAUGCACCGUAUGUACAUAUGAAUGUUGUUUUAGAUUGUGAAAAGAGCAUGCUUUUUUUUUUUUUAAUGUCUCAAAGAAAAAAUCCUUUAUUGAUAUUAUUAUUAUUAUUAUUAUUAUUAAAUAUUUUCAUGUUAAUUUUGUACAUCUGUAUUUUAGUUUUAUUAAUUUAUAUCAUGGCCCAACUGUCAUUUCUUCUUUUCCGGAUCAAUGAGAAGUGAUGCUAUUUUUAAAACUGGUCAGAUAAAACACUACUAAAGAAUCAAUCCUUUACCUCAGACUUCCACUCACAGCGUUCAAAAGAUUGAACAAACAGUGUAGCACGACAGACAACAUGGUGCAGCGUUGCAAGUAUUGCUCCUGGGAUUCGACCAGCAGCUUCUCUCUCUGUCUUUUCUCUCAGACACACUUUUUUGGUCUUCAGUGCUUCUUCUCAACUACACCAUUGAGUGAAUGUCUCCACUUUACCAAAACUCUCCAUUUUAGGUGCGAGCAGCUGUAUUACUGUUGUGCUGGACAUGCCAUUUUUGUCCACCUUUCUCUCGAAUAUUUAAUGCAUUCAGGGCCUGAUCAGAUGUAAUUGUUACAUAAUGUACAGAUGAAAUUUUAUGCUACUAUUCCCCUCAAAUAAAGUAUAGUGACUGCU